GUCGCUAUGUAUCCAAAACCGAAGAAAUUGCGAGAAAGUGUAAUCUUGAAGUUCAGAGACUUAAAGGGAGUGGAAGGACGUAAGAUCUGCGUCAGACGGAUUUUCAGAAGAGGGAUGUCAUCCUGUUACGUCGGAAAGAAACUCAGAAGAAACAAUUUGUAGUUGCAAUCAUUUGACACACUUUGCUGUUUUAGUGGACUACAACAGCGACCUAAAGGUAAUGAAUUCAUUUAUCCUUCAGCUCAAGCAUUGUUUUAAAAUACAAACGCGUUAGGGUAAUAAGUGUAUGUUUAGUUGCUCUUUAUGACAUUUAUGACGCAGCUCACAGGGGAGGAUGAAACUAUUCUGGAAAAUAUUACCUACGUGGGAUUAAGCCUUUCCAUUGUUGGGAUACUUUUGACAAUUAUUCUAUAUUCGUUCCUCACAGAUGUACGUGAGCCUCUGUCUCAAAUACAACUUAGUCUUUCUGUGUCCCUCGGAGCUGGACAAAUGAUCUUUCUCGCCGGUAUAAACGCCACAGAAAAUACGGCUGCCUGUGUUACAGCAGCAGUAUUCAUGCAGUAUUUUAUGAUGGCCGCUUUCUUUUGGAUGCUGGUUGAGGGAGUUUACCUUUACCUGCUCGUUGUGAAAGCUUUCAACAUAUAUGAAAAGAUGCACAUGUAUCACGUCAUGUCAUGGGGUUCGCCCAUCAUCGUUAUCGGCAUUUCACUUUUUAUUACUGCUGGAAAAGGUGGACUUCAAAGUUAUACCAGCGAUAAAUAUUGUUGGCUCUCCUCCACUAACAAUCUCAUCUGGAUACUCAUCUCAUUUGUGGUGUUCAUUAAAGUUCUCAACAUUUUUAUACUCGUCCAAGUCAUAAGGGAGAUGACCACACUUGUGCAACCUUUGGGGAAAUACAACCAUAUUCAGCAAAUAAGACUUGACAUAAAAACAUGCGCGGUGAUGGUUCCCCUGUUGGGCUUUACGUGGCUAUUUGGUCUUUUUUUACCAAUACACAAAGCUUUUGCUUAUAUUUUCACCAUCUUUAACUCUAUGCAGGGUUUCCUAAUUUUCGCCUUUCAUUGUGUGCGAAACAGCCAGAUCAGAGAGCAAUUUAAAAGGAAGAUGAACACUAUUUUUCCAUCUACUGCAGAUCAUGGAGACUCCAUAAAGAAAUCCACAAAAAUUAAUCCAAGUGGUGUCAGCGAUAUGCGAGCAAUUGAAUUGCAGUAAUUCUAUGAUUAGAUGUAUAAUUAAAAAAAGAGUCAAUUGACGUUUGGUAAUGCGCUGUCACUUAAUAUAACAGAGUGGAUGAAGGUAGAUCGAUGCUCAGUCUAGUUGUGUCAGUGAAGUUAGCUGGGUCGUUCUGAUUAUUGCGACAUGUCUUAAAUGAGAUAACUAUAAUGUUAACCCUUUACCAUUAAGCGCGCUCUAAAGUAGUGAACAAAUAGUUUGGCUAGAAAUGAAAAAUUUGGAUGUGCCCUUUUGCCUUCUAAGUAUUUUAGAUGUAAACAAACGCAUCUUUUAGAUCUUAGACUUUGCUUGUAUGAUAUCCAGCUUAUCGUUAUGAAUAUUAAACACUCUACCAUCCCGUCCAAUCAGAGAAUAAUUACAUUAACAGAAACAUCCGUAUCGAUACGAUCUAGAAAAAUGUCUAAACAUGGACAAUCUAAAAAUAUUUUUUUUACAUGUAUUAAGUUGCUUCUUGUGUGGCUUGUCAGAUACAUGAAUCUUCAGGAAUAGCAAAUGACGUGAGCAGUAGCUCGUUUGGUCCAUAGAGAAGCAGUGCUGAGCAACGUUUCGUCGAUAUAAAAACCAGGGUGGGAG